GUUUGAGAUUCUCUCCUUCUACGCUUCAACGCAUCAAAUCUUCGACAAGAAAUCCCCCUAAAAACGUUAUUGUCUCCAUAUAAAGCAAACAGACACGUGGGGCUUUUAUUCCUCUUCUCCCGUGCUCGCUGGUGAUCUGCAACGAGAAGAAGAGCGAACAAACUAUUUUUGUUUGAAGGCGUUGCAGCCGCUAGUGUCCCCCGUUGGUUUUUUUGUUUUUGCAUUCUCUGCCGCCUUUGUUGUUACCCCGCGCAUAUUUAAUAAAAAAAAAACAUAUUUUAUCAUAGUCGAGUGCCCCGUGAGCAGCGUCGGGGACUCUUUGAGAAUUAGACAGCUCGAAGGCCUGCCUCUUUUCUCAUUGAACCGCAGGCGCAAGCUUAGUGUAGCAUACCAAGUGGCUUUCAUCUUGCGAGCAGUACAUUUGUUUUCCCAGCAAAAAAACAAUAGAAAUAAUAUUUCCUAUAUAGCCAGCUGAAUUUCAUACCGAAAAGCGUCAUGUCUGACAGUUCGAUCGUCUCAUCUGCUGCGGCGCGGAACGUGUGCAUUCUGCGUUACGGCUCCCUUGCCCUUCUCGGAGGUUACGUGGUUGCCACGUGCUACAAAAUUGGAUUGGUGCGUCGCAUUCUGCCUGCGAAGUGGAAUCACUCUCUAGAGUCCACCGUAGAGGUCAUCAAGCAGCGGACGCAGCCCAUCGGCGAUGCGAAGCGCUUUGCCCUGGUGCGUGCUCACCUUACCUGCACUUACGGCCUCGCCGCGUCGGGAAUGCUGGCGGUUGCGGCGGGCGUUGCCGCCUUUUGGGCUGUGCCGAGCAUCCCUUUCGCCAUCCCGAUCGCGGCGACGCUUGUGUCGACGGUGCUACUGCUGGGUGUGCCAAAGGCCUACAUGCACCCCGCGGCCCGCCUCUUGUGCUUUUAUCUUUCACUCUACUCCACCGGCUACACCUUUGGCCCCAUCGGCUGGGUGGCGCAGGACACGCUGGUGGUGUUUGUGCUUCUCUCUGGCUGCACCAUGACAGGGCUGUGCGUUCCGCUGUACCUUACGCGUGGCAUGAUCAGCUACGUGGUGAGUGCGCAGGUGCUCUCCUCAGCCCUGUCAGUUGCGCUGAUCACAGCACCCAAGCAGUCCCGUGAUACGUCGGUGUUUAAGAAGUUGAAGGAGCAGGCUGGCGUACAGAUUGUUUUAAACGGAGACGUUAAUGUGCUCUUCACGAUGCAGCUUCUCUCGAAUGUCGGCAUCUGCGCGCUGCAUACUCUGCCGAAUAUCUUCCGUUUUGUCAUCUGGCAGGGGGACGAGGAGGAGCUGACGGAUUCGGCGGAUCCAUUGAAGGAGGCGUUUGCGAUUUGCGCUGGUACGAUGUACGUGCUCUACCGCGCUGUUCGCUGGUCGUGCCGGCUUUUGAUUCGUCGCGUGAUGUCCGACAGCCAGCAGAGCCCGAGAGGGGGUGCUGGGCAGAACACCUGGCUUGCCAUGUCGAGUCACUCCCUCGAUGUUAACGAUGCCAGUGGCGUGGUGUCGGGGCUCGUGAUGGGCCUUUGGUACGUGCGCGCGGUGUCUCUGCUGCAGAAAGGCGAUGUGGAGGCAACGCUGAAUCACCUCCGCACCGUGUGCGCACGCAUUUCGCCGGUGGCGUUGCUGCUCGGCAGCAGCUCCGCCGGUCGUUAG